UGAGCCAUUCAGAAAAAUGGAAUUACAUUGGGUUUGGAUGAGCGUUGCUACUUUGUUGGCUUCUUACGUUUUGGUAAACAAAUUUGUGAGGAGGUUGAAUGGGUGGUAUUAUGAUCUGAAAGUAGGAAACAAAAAAACCCUAUUGCCCCCUGGUGAUAUGGGAUGGCCUCUUAUUGGCAAUAUAAUACCCUUCAUCAAAGACUUAUCCUCAGGCCAACUUGAUUCAUUCAUCAACAAAUUAGUGUCCAAAUAUGGACGAAGUGGUAUCUACAAGACACAUUUGUUUGGAAAACCAAGCAUGAUUGUUUGUACUCCUGAGAUGUGUAGGCGAGUACUGAGUGAUGAUGAGAACUUUAAAGUGGCGUAUCCAAAAUCCAUUUCUGAAUUAUUUGGAAGUAAGGCCUUCACUGAAGUCUCUAGUGCUGAACACAAGCGUAUACGACGUGUAAUUUCUGCUCCCAUUUUGGGUCACAAUAUGUUAGCACUGUACUUAGCACGUAUUGAAGAGAUAGUGGUUGAUUCAUUAGAAGAAUUAUCUAGCAUGAAGCACCCUGUUGAGGUUUUCACGGAGUUGGAGAAGAUUCCCUUCAAAGUCAUCACCCACGUCUUCUUGGGAUCUCACAAUCAACCCAUCGUUGCAAAAAUAAAAGGUUUAUUUAGGGAAUUUUCAGAUUGUAAUCCCUUAUUUUCUAUCGGCGUUAACUUGCCUGGUUUUACAUACCAUAGAGCACUCCAGGUACGCAAGAAGCUGUUCGAACUAGUUAUAUCUAUUGUGGGUGAAAGGAGGUUGAUGACAAAAAAUGGUCAACUCGAGGAUAAAAAAGAUCUUAUUGAUAUUCUUUUGGAACAUGAAAGAGAGAAUGGGGACAAAUUAAAGGAUGAAGAUAUUGCUGAUGUAUUCAUAGGGCUUAUAUUUGCUGGUCAUGAAAGCACAGCAACUGGUUUGAUGUGGUCACUUAUGUAUCUUACACAGCAUCCCGAAGUGUUCAAAAAAGCAAAGAAAGAGCAAGAAGAAAUCGUGAAAGCAAGACCGUCAUCGCAGAAACAUCUAAGUCAUAGCGAAGUUAAACAAAUGGUUUAUCUUUCACAAGUAAUUAAUGAAGCGUUGCGACUUACUAAUAUCGCAUUUUCAGUUUUUCGAGAGGCAACUACCGACGUCAAUAUUAAUGGUUAUAUCAUACCGAAGGGAUGGAAAGUUCUAGUUUGGUCAAGAGCUAUUCAUAUGAAUCCUGAAUAUUACCCAAAUCCAAAAGAAUUUAAUCCAUCAAGAUGGGAUGAUUACAAUGCUAAAGCGGGAACCUUCCUUCCCUUUGGAGCAGGAAGCAGGCUUUGUCCUGGAAAAGACAUAUCCAAUCUCCAAACUUCUGUAUUUCUACAUUAUUUUCUCCUUAAUUACAGGUUGGAGAGAAUGAAUCCAGAAUAUCGUGUUCCCAACUUCUCAUACUCUUAUCCCAAGGACUUGGCUAAGUUUAUCAAGAUCUCUGCUUAACUAUUUGAGCAAAAUGAAUAUUUUAGACGACUUCUUUGUAAUCUUUGAGUUCUAUUUGUUUGUUAUUUGGGGUUUACUUUUGCGUUAGUGACCCCUAACUGUGUUAAAUUGAUGUUUGCAAACAUAUAUUUGUGGAGUGUUAUAUCUUUUACUUUGCAUUUUAAUAUUCAUAAAUAAUAUCAAUA